CUGGCACCAACCAACCGGGGUUAGACGGGCGACCGGGGGAAAGGGUAGGGAAACCUACAACCCGCAGCAGGGAGCAGCGGUUCGGGACCACGCCGUGGCGCCACCGGCUCACCGCCAUUGAGCUCAAGACGGCGGAUCGGCCGGCUCACAGCGCCGCCGCGGCUUCGCCUGGAUCCUGCGAGCUCGGCGCGGAGGGUUAAAUGGCAAACAGAGCAAGAUGGGUGAUGAAGUACGAAAAGGGCCUUGUUGAUAUACUUCACGAGAAUAACAUUUCACAUUAUCGUACCCAAAGUGGAUGGAGAACUGAAGGUUGGAAGAAAAUUGUAAAGGAUUUCAAUGUAAGGUACCCAGAAGCAAAGUUUAGUAAGAUGCAAAUCCAGGAACAUGAGACUCAAUUGAAGAAAGACUAUAAAUUGAUAAAAUCGGUCCUCCAGCGUGAUGGUGUUUCAUGGGACCAGAGUGCGUCCAUGAUUAAAACGACAGAUGAAAUCUGGGAUGAUAUAAUCGAAGAUAUGCCCAAGGCACGGAAGUACCAAAGAGCGAGCUUUCCAUUGCUUGACUCGCUGGAACUGCUAUUUGAUGGUCCUAUUCCUGAAGGGGGACAGAAUUUGACUUCCAGCAUACCGCAACAUGUUGGAAAUGUUGACGAGGGAGGCAACAACACCAGCGCAUUCUCAGGCAUGUCUGGAAGACAUUGUGGGAUGGCUAAUGCAAGCAUUGACGAUGCAUGGAACAACAUCAGCCUACUUCAACGAACUGCGUUAGGACCACAAGGUAUCGAUGAUCAUGAUGUUCUUCAGAAUCACACUGAAGAGGUACUGGAACGACCACAGCGUGGUGUGGACCCAAGGCCACAAAAAGCUGAUGAACCGGCGCAGUCAAGUUCUUGCAUAGAGCUACAGAAAGACAGGCGCAAGAAGCGUAAGAUCCCAGACAUCCAACAGACCAUGGAGGCUUAUCUGGACUUCAGAAUGAAACAGGCUCGCGUGAAAGAACAGCGCAUGAAAGAACAAACAACAAGGGGAGUCGAUCAGUUCUCGAUCUCGAGUUGUAUCAAGGCUCUGCACGCCAUGCCCGAUGUGUCUGAUGAGGUCAAGGUACUAGCUUCUGAUGUCUUUAAGGAUGCAGAGAAUCGGGAGAUUUUUCUCUCCUACGAACCCAGGCUUCGCAGCUUGUGGCUAAAGAGGGAAGUUGACAGGCUACUCUCUUGAUAAGUAGUUUAGUUAGUGCGGUGUCAGUUCAUCUCUAGGUUAGCGUGGAGAACACCCUUGCCGUUCUUAUUUGUAAUCCAUGUAUCAGUUUAAGUCCAUUCUGGAGACAAACUCAUGACCUGCUGCUUUUUAAGACCUAGGCUUCAGUUAUCAGAACCUUAUCGUAACUUAACGUAUGUCAUGUACACUAUAUGUCACUACGCUUCCUGGCAAGAACCUGGUUCACAAGCCCCGUUCAGAUA